AUGCUCAUCCCUCGAUAUUUGUCACUUUGUCCCACGGCCCUACAGACCGACUCUAGCAGCAGCUCGGUAGUCGCUGAUGACUGGUCCCUCUCAACACCCCUCGCGACUUCAGAUCUCCUAAACUCGAUGGAACUGACUCCGGGUCUAGGACGGCCAUCAUCUCUCUUCCCUCCUCCCUUCCUCACAGCACCGCAACACAUACCCUUGCCUGCAUUACAACCUGCCACCUUGUUGCCGGGCCACGGUGUUGAUGGUCUGCCGAAGAUACCGUCGUAUCUGGCCCCUGCAGCUGCUCUGGCUGCUACAGCUGCCCUUAAUCAGACCACCGCUACGGGCUCGAACACCUCGGCAGUGGCCAGUGCUAGCCGGCGGUUGAGCCCAGACCAAUGCACACCAACACUUUUGGCGAAAUCCAAGACUCUUCUUACCGAACUCUUCAGUAACCGGGCCGGCAGUCUCGGUGAGGCAGACUGUUCUGACAAGCCGGAAAAAAGUCAUAUCGGUGAACGUCUUGCGGGUCGACCAAAGCGUAAAAAACCGAACCGUUAUUGCCUGUAUGCAGGUGACUUUGCUGACGUAUGCCGAUCGGAGGAAUCCAAAACACACCAACACCAAGGCGAGAAAAAGGAGACAGACGAAGUCAUAUGCAGAGCUGUUCAAGCUGAAGCAGAAGAAGAGAUCGAGGAAUACGGCACGAAGCGAAGUAGACCAGAUCGCCCAAUAACUCCCUUCAAGCGGGCCAGAUGGAUCGAGGAGUCCAACAACUGCUCCACCCAAAAAGCGAGAUCAAGCCUGAAUUCGGGAUCUCAGGAAGUCUCACCUUCGGCCUCUCCAGUAGACGAUGAACUAUCCCCAGCUUGGUCGCGCUGGCAGCAUCGGAUCACCGCAGGCCUGUUGGUAGAUCUUGGCUUUCCAUGGCGCUGGCCGGCUCGAAAUGAGACCGGUAGCUCCGGAAAACGGAUGGAUACAGUUGAAAGCCCUGAUGUAUCAACGAAUAAACCCAGAACGAGAAGUUGUAAACAAACAGAGGCUGACCAAAAAGAGGUGAUGGAGAAUACGAAUGACAAUGCGCAUAAGGAAGACGAGGAAGAGGGCCGUGAAAGUGGGGAAGAUGGGGAAAGGAUAGCUGAUCAAAAGGCAUGGGAGGACGAUCCAGUUGAAAAAAAUGCUCAAAGAAGUCGAUCAGUCUCUGAGGGCUACUUGUCUCCGGUAUACUGGGCAGUUCUGCCGACAAAAAGGCGUCGCUGCUGCAAACAUGCUUUUCUCGAUUGUUUGGAAGACCAAAAUGCCGGUAUGGUGGACAUAUCCCAAGACGGUCAUAACUACAAUGACCCAGUGGGCGGAAAACCAUCUGAGUUUCCUAAAACUCCAGAUCCGAAAGAAUUAUCCCAGCCAGCUAAUGGUCUCGGUAGCCCAGUGUCGCCUGAACUGCCUAGGCAACCAACCGAUCCACUCGACCAAACCUCACCAACACCGGUCCGAUCUCACCUUUCUGGGCUGCAUGUGCUCCGAUUUGGACCAGGCCAGGAGGUGACGACUUGCCUUACAGAGCACUUGCGAAGACACAGGUUGUCCGAAGCCCUUGUGGUGGCUGGCAGCGGUACAGUGCUGUCUGCGAGACUUCAAGGCGCAAACCAGGUGGCUAAUGUGUAUACCGAAGAAGCCGAUGGAGGUAACGAAAAGGAAGAAUGGCUAGCGAGUGGUGGAAUGGACGAAGAGAAUGGGGAGCGGGGUCAGGAGGAGCAGCAGCAGCAGAACGGAAAAGAUAAAAGGCUGGCGGCGAAGGAAACAGAUGACAAAGAGGUGGAAGAGCUGAGAUUUGAGGAGACGAAAGAAGAAACAAAAAAGGCUGAAACGGAUGGAAUUUUAGGCCGGAAUAAUGAUAUGCGAUGUCAAAAGACGAUAGAAAACACACACAAAUUGCUGCAAAGGGAGCAAACUAUUGGGCCACCAGCCGCUGUAGUACAUCAAGGUGUAAGUCUAACUUGA